UGUUUGCAGUCGAAUGGUAGCGAUGGAAGGGACAUCUUCCAUUGCGCCGCCUCUUUAGGCCAUCGUCGAGAACAUAAGUAAUAUCAAACCUUGGUUGGAAGUUGCUCUGGUUAACUAUCCGCCGACAUCUCGAUCAAUCGACCUUCCUUCCCCUUUCUAUCUCAUUCCUUUCCUCCCCGGUGCUAGGGUUUGCUUCACCUCCAUCCUCGGAUCGUAGCUCCCUCACCGUCUAAGCUCGGCGUUCGGAUUCGCCACCUCCGAGCUGCUGGCUGCUGCGGCGGUCAUGAGAACGGUCUCCAGGCUGUUCCACUGCGGCAGGGCGUUGCGCGCCGGUCAAUUGGGGCGCUGCCUGCUCCCCGCCCGUGCCCUUGCUGCAACAAGAUGGGGCGGUGUUCGCGACGAACGAGUCGAGAAGGAUUUGGGAUUUCUGACGAGCUCAAAUUCUCUUGGUGCUCGUAGAUUUCCGCUUGUUGGUGCUGGGAGAGUCGAUGCGGCCAUGAAAGGCAGUUGCUUUGGUCAAUGGAGGUGCUUCUUGUCAGACACUUCUCCGUCUGUUGGCAGCAGACCUUGGAGAGACUCGAGAUAUUUGCAUAAGGGGCAUGCUUCAUUGUCCACGUCUGCUAAUGAGAUCGUGUCUAAAGUGCCUGUCAAUGGAUCUGGAACUAAGAAACCUGCACAAUAUCCAGCAGAUGAGCAAAUUGCUGACAUGAAAAUUCUUCGUACUCUUGCAAAGUAUUUAUGGCUGAAAGAUAACCUUGAGUUCCGUCUCAGGGUGCUUCUAUCAUUGGGACUUCUGGUUGGUGCAAAGGUGAUCAAUGUUCAAGUACCUUUCUUGUUCAAGCUUGCUGUGGAUUGGCUUUCUACUGCAACUGGAUCUGUUAGUGCAUUAGCAUCUUUCACUGAGUCUAAUGCCACUCUUCUGGCUCUAUUUGGCAGUCCUGCUGCUGUGCUACUUGGAUAUGGAAUAGCACGUACUGGGGCCUCAGCUUGCAAUGAGUUGCGAAAUGCUGUAUUUUCCAAGGUAGCGCUGAGAACUAUCCGUGUUGUUUCCAGGAAGGUAUUUUCACAUUUGCACGAGCUUGAUCUUCGCUAUCACCUUAAUCGGCAAACUGGCGCUUUGAGUCGUAUAAUUGAUAGAGGUAGCCGUGCUAUUAACUUUAUUCUGUCUUCAAUGGUGUUCAAUGUUGCACCAACGAUACUAGAGAUUGCAAUGGUGUCUGGUAUUCUCGCAUACAAAUUUGGAGCUACCUUUGCUUGGAUCACUUCUGUUUCUGUCGCUGCAUACAUUGCUUUUACUCUGAUUGUGACACAGUGGCGAACAAAGUUUAGACAAGCUAUGAAUAAAGCUGAUAAUGAUGCAAGUACACGAGCAAUUGACUCAUUGUUGAAUUAUGAGACUGUCAAGUAUUUCACCAAUGAACCAUAUGAAGUGGCAAAAUAUGAUACUUAUUUAAAGAGAUAUGAGGAUGCUGCAUUAAAAACACAAUCUAGCCUAGCUUUUUUGAACUUUGGCCAAAAUAUCAUAUUUAGCACAGCUUUGUCAGCAGCAAUGAUCUUAUCUUCAUAUGGGAUUAUGAGUGGUGCAAUGACUGUUGGUGACCUGGUUAUGGUAAAUGGGCUUCUCUUCCAGCUUUCUUUGCCUCUUAAUUUCCUUGGUAGUGUGUACCGAGAGACAAGGCAGAGUCUUAUUGACAUGAAGUCAAUGUUUCAGUUGCUUGAGGAGGAACCUGAAAUUAAAGAUGCACCCAAUGCAAAACCGUUACAUUUCAAAGGAGGAACUAUCGAGUUCAAAAAUGUUCACUUCGGAUAUCUGUCAGAUCGAAAGAUUCUUGAUGGAGUAUCCUUUGUUGUACCUGCUGGAACAAGCACAGCUAUCGUUGGUACCAGUGGUAGCGGUAAAUCCACAAUACUCAGAAUGCUAUACAGGUUUUUUGAUUCAGAUUCUGGAUCAAUAUUUGUAGAUGGUCAAGACAUACGAGAAGUCACGUUAAAAAGUCUUCGUGAGUGCAUAGGUGUAGUGCCACAAGACACAGUACUAUUCAAUGAUACUAUAUUUCACAAUAUACAUUAUGGUCGGUUGUCUGCAACAGAGGAGGAGGUUUAUGAUGCUGCUCGGCGUGCUGCAAUUCACGAGACAAUCUUGAAUUUUCCUGAGAAGUAUUCAACCGUUGUUGGAGAGCGAGGCUUAAAGUUGAGUGGUGGGGAAAAGCAGAGGGUAUCACUUGCCCGUGCAUUCUUGAAGGCGCCUUCAAUUCUAUUGUGUGACGAAGCUACAAGUUCCCUUGAUAGCACUACUGAAGCUGAAAUAUUGAGUGCGCUAAAGAAUCUAUCAAAUAAUCGCACAUCAAUCUUCAUUGCUCAUCGACUAACAACUGCUAUGCAAUGCAAUGAGAUCAUCGUUCUCGAAAAUGGCAAAGUGGCGGAACAAGGACCGCACGAUGUUUUGCUGUCAAGGGCGGGAAGAUACGCGCAGCUUUGGGCCCAGCAGAACAACAACGAUGCUUCGGAUGCUGCAGUGAAGGUAGAAGCCUGAACUACUACUUGAGCAGUGACUGGCCAGUCGAACCGGAUUUUCUUGAAAAAAAAUGAUAAUCCCAGUUAGUCUCAUUGAACCGGAAUCUCUUGGAGCCAAGAUUAUUUGUAGUAUGCUCUUGUAUCUGCCAUUUCAAUUAGUGUAAGUUAUGUUGUAGAAAAGCAUUUUUUUUACUGGUUGAAUGCUGGUAUGCAGCUACAAGCUUGUAAUUGAGAUGUAUAACAAUAAAAAUGUUCGACUUAUUAAAGCAGGAAUUUAUAUUGCCUUA